AUGCAAACUGUGUUGAAAUAUUUGUUGCUUAUUAUGUGUGGAAGCUUUUGUGCUUCGGAGGAAUUGCAAAACCAGACCAAUGUUCCUGCAAUAUUCUUCUCUUACAAACUAACUCCCGGUAUUUUAAAGUAUCAAGAGGAUUAUGAUAGGGCUGUGACUUUACCAAGAGACACCUUUAUUGAAGCGGCUGAGAAAUUCUUAGGUGUAUGUAAUGCUGACACUUAUGUGUUUAUUAAUCAACCAGGCCUGAGGAAAUUGGACUUCUUGGAAUUUGAAACAGAGUUUGUUUCGUUACAGAGAUAUAUAAGACGGAGUUCAACCGCGAUUAAGUUCGAAAAGGUAGACCUAUUGCCUCAAGAUUUAUACUAUGAUCUUGCAGAGUUUGUAAAGGAGUAUUGUAACGUAGACCAGGUGUUGAACUUACGAGGUAAUAAUACAGAAGAUUUCCAGCCCUUUAUUGAUAGCGAAAAAAGAGUGAUUAUAAUAGAGUACCCUAAGUUACCAGAGGACACUAAUGAACGUAAAGAAGCAUUCCGCCAUUAUGACAAGUAUUUGAGGACUAUACUGGCGCAGAUUCCGUCGCCAGAACAAAAUGUCAUUUACACCUCGUUAAACCCAGGAACUACGCUGGCUCACGAGUCGAUCAUCCCUAUCCAAAUAUUUCCAGAUAUCUUUGACAUAAAAUCCAGAGUGGGUGAAGUGGAACAAAAUAAUAGAGUUUUGGAUGUGCCUCGUCUGUCGUUUAAUGACUAUACUCCACGAUUUUCAGAGCCACCUUCGGAGUAUGUCUCAAUAUUUGAUUCACAAUUAAUUGAGAAUAACAGAGGUUUAUUACAGCUGAUUUUCACAAUUUUGGUUGGGUAUAUUCUUAUUCAGUUUUUUUUCACAAAAAAAACUAUUGUAGAUGAGAAGAUUACUAAUAAAAAGGACAACGUGAAACAGACGUCACCACAACUGCUCAAAAAAGUGCAAGAGAUCCAGAAAAAGCCAUCCCAGCAAGUAUCUUGA